AUUCGGUCGCACCGCUGACAAGUCGACUCGCUACAGCUAUAAACUCUCCAGGUCAAACUUCCCUCGAAUCUUUCCAGUAUAACAGAGCAGCCUGUCACUGCACUUCUUGACGAAAGAGGCGGUGUGAGCACUACAGGCCAGCGAGACCUCGCAUAAUCGCCGAUUCAGCGUAUAUCUAGAGGCAAAUUCCAAUCAACGCCGUGUCAACAGUAACUACUAUGGCACAACACGGCUUCGGCCAGUUCAACGGUGGCCACGGUGGAGGUGGCGGCGGAAGCAUCGAUCCCAACGACUUGGCCAUGGGCGCAAACUAUGGAUCAUCCUACUCCAACAACUAUAACUCCAACUCGGGAAACACAAAUGGGUUUUCGAGCGGCUCCGCCCUCUUUGGAGACGAUGAGCUACUCGACGGCCUCGGAAGCCCGACCGAACAGCCGUUACAUGGCCGUGGCCAGGACUUUGGUGGCGGAAUGUCAAACAUGGAUAUGGGCUUCAACCAACCUAUCUACGGCUCCCACCACGGCCUAGAUCAAAACCACAUUAACGGCUACUCCAACACCCCCGACGGUGACCCCAUCCAAAGCCCUUUCGUGCAUAGCUUCAACAACUCGGGCUUUGGCCAGAUGCACCAUCGCCAGGCGCUCGGCACUUCACUUCAGUCUCCCAUCUCCUACUCGGGCUCGCCCUUGGCCGGGUCUGACCUGACUGGUGAUGCCGCCGAGACCAACUACCUUCACGCUAAGAACAGAGCUAGAAUGGCACAAGCUAUGCAACGGAAGAGCUCAUCUUCCAACACUCGCAGCCCCAUGACUCCCAAGUCGGCGAUGCACUCGGCACCUAUGGCGACCCAGGAGUCAACUGGCUUCGGUUCUCAGUCCAUCCGGGCCCAAGGCAUGCAUGAGAAAUCACCAUCCGGAGGUCAGUGGAUGCAGACCCCAACAGGAAGCAUGGCAGCGUCAUACGGCUCUGGCUUCUCGUCGCCUAUUCAGCCCGGCCUCGCUCAGCUCAACGAGGUCAUGAUGAAGGGCGGCACAUCGAUGCCUGCAAAGCUAGGGGCUCAGCCCGGAGGUGCGGUUUCCUCUCAAGAGAUGAAGCGGAAGCGGCGUCGGGAGUCUCACAACCUCGUCGAGCGACGCCGCCGAGACAACAUCAAUGAGAGAAUUCAAGAUCUCAGCAGACUAGUGCCCGCGCAUCGCUUGGAGGAUGAGAAGAUCCGCAAAAUGAUCCAGAAUGGUACCCCACUCUCGCCUACAUUGUCCGGCAUUUCGAACCCCUCGCAGGCCACCUCGGGCCUCGCCGGUCCCGGCGCACGCCGCGCAGCUGGCGCAACAGGCAAUAUCACGACCGGCCUCCCCCUCGAGGACAAGGACAAGGGUCCCAACAAGGGAGACAUCCUGAAUGGCGCAGUCAGUUGGACGAGAGAUCUGAUGUGGAUGCUGCACCUGAAGCUGCAGCAGCAGGAGGAGUUGAUGAACGCCAUCGCGGAGCUCGGCGGCCAUUUCCCGUUCGAGCUCACAGAGGAUGAGAAGCGCAUGCAAACCGAGCUGAUGGAAGCCAUCUCCAAGAACGAGGUUCCAGGGUACUCCCGCACGACCGGAUCUGGUCUUCGAGUACCUCAUCACACCGACUUUCGCGGCGAGCCCAUGAAUGGCUCAGGUAAUGCUGACGGCACCUCUGUUAGCCCUGGCGCCACCAACGGCACCGGCCUCGCCAAUGACCUUAACGCCGGCAGCGAAUUUUGGAAUGACCCGGAUGAUGAUGACAGUGGUCCAACUUCGCUGAACUUCAAGGAGGAAGACGAGUUCGGCAUGGACCUGACACAGUAGGAUGGACUGUUGGAAUCCAUGGCGAUAUCCCUGUCGUCUCUAUUCUGAUCCUACUGCGCUCAUCUUCUCAUUUCAAGUUCCUGCUCUGUUUUAUGCAUUCGCGCAGCCAUGGUCUCUUUGUUGCAUCCAAGCGCGUUGGGGGACGGUCAAGGAUUUCGGUGGGCGACGGCGUUGAGAGGUAUUUUCAAUUACAUGGGUGGACGGAGGCUUGCCAAC